CGUUCCAGAAAGUGAAUAUUUGUAAAUUUUUUUCCUUCCCUCUUUCUCUCUCCUACCCUACAAUUCGCCACCUGUAGUUACGCUCUCAUAACUGUCAAUCUUCUCCUCUCUCCUUUCUCUCUCUCCUACGCCAUUUAUUCAUCCUCCCUUCUUCUUCUUCUUCUUCCAGAAAAUUACAGACUCAAAUUCAAUUUCACAGAAUUUUGCUCUGAAAUUGAAAAAAAAUGGCGGGAAAUGACUGGAUAAACAGUUAUCUAGAAGCCAUUCUAGAUGUUGGAGGUCAAGGUAUCGACGCUUCUAAUGGCAAAAUGUCGUCGUCUUCACCAUCUUCGUUGCUUCUUCGUGAACGAGGGCAUUUUAGUCCUUCUCGUUAUUUUGUUGAAGAAGUUAUUUCUGGCUUUGAUGAAACCGAUCUUCAUCGCUCUUGGGUUCGCGCUGCAUCAACUCGCAGCCCUCAAGAGAGGAAUACACGGUUGGAGAAUCUGUGUUGGAGAAUAUGGAACUUGGCACGCAAAAAGAAACAGAUCGAGGGAGAGGAAGCUCAGCGUGUGGCUAAACGCCACGUGGAACGCGAAAAAGGUCGCAGGGAAGCUACUGCUGAUAUGUCCGAAGACUUGUCAGAAGGAGAGAAGGGAGACACUGUUGCUGAUAUGUCAUUUGCUAGUGAUAGCACUAAAGGAAGAAUGCGUAGAAUAAGUUCGGUGGAAAUGAUGGACAAUUGGGCUAGUACCUUUAAAGAGAAAAAACUCUACGUUGUGUUAAUAAGCCUUCAUGGCUUGAUACGUGGGGAAAAUAUGGAACUUGGUCGCGAUUCUGAUACAGGUGGUCAGGUAAAGUAUGUAGUAGAACUUGCAAGGGCACUUGGGUCAAUGCCUGGAGUUUACCGCGUUGAUCUACUGACAAGACAGGUUUCAGCUCCAGGGGUAGAUUGGAGUUAUGGUGAACCUACUGAGAUGUUGUCUCCAAGAGAGAUUUCAACAGAGCAGCUUGGAGAGAGUAGUGGUGCUUAUAUUAUCCGCAUACCAUUUGGGCCAAAGGAUAAAUAUAUAGCAAAAGAGCUACUUUGGCCAUACAUUCCAGAGUUUGUCGAUGGUGCACUAAGUCACAUAAAACAGAUGUCCAAGGUUCUUGGUGAGCAAAUUGGUGGUGGAUUGCCUGUUUGGCCAGCUUCAAUCCAUGGGCAUUAUGCAGAUGCUGGAGAUUCUGCUGCCCUUCUAUCUGGUGCUUUAAAUGUGCCAAUGGUUUUUACUGGUCACUCCCUUGGACGAGAUAAGCUUGAACAGCUGUUGAAACAGGGGAGACAUUCUAGGGAAGAAAUAAAUGCUACAUACAAAAUAAUGCGUCGCAUAGAGGCUGAGGAGUUGUGCAUUGAUGCCUCUGAAAUAAUUAUCACCAGUACUAGACAGGAAAUUGAAGAGCAGUGGCAGCUCUAUGAUGGAUUUGAUCUAGUUCUAGAACGCAAACUAAGAGCUAGGAUGAGACGUGGUGUGAGCUGUCAUGGCAGAUUUAUGCCCCGUAUGGCUAGAAUUCCUCCUGGCAUGGAAUUUCACCAUAUUGCUCCACAUGACGUUGAUAUGGAAACAGAUCUUGAUGGACAUAAAGAUAGCAAUGCCAAUCCAGAUCCACCAAUAUGGUCUGAGAUUAUGCGUUUUUUUACAAAUGGGCGCAAACCAAUGAUACUUGCUCUAGCCAGGCCAGAUCCAAAAAAGAACCUUACAACGUUAGUCAAGGCUUUUGGUGAGUGCCGUCCAUUGAGGGAACUCGCAAACCUGACUCUGAUUAUGGGAAAUCGUGAUGAUAUCGAUGAAAUGUCUGCUACAAAUGCAUCUGUCCUGAUAUCUAUUCUCAAAUUGAUUGACAAGUAUGAUCUGUAUGGUCAAGUGGCAUAUCCUAAGCACCACAAGCAGUCUGCUGUUCCUGAUAUAUAUCGUCUGGCUGCCAAAACAAAGGGUGUGUUCAUCAAUCCUGCCUUUAUUGAACCAUUUGGACUGACUCUAAUUGAGGCUGCUGCCUAUGGUUUACCAAUUGUCGCAACAAAGAAUGGAGGCCCUGUUGACAUUAUUGGGGUUCUGGACAAUGGGCUUCUCAUUGAUCCUCAUGAUCAGCAAUCUAUUGCUGAUGCUCUCUUGAAGCUUGUAGCAGAAAAACACCUAUGGAUGAAGUGUAGACAGAAUGGGUUGAAAAAUAUUCACCUCUUUUCAUGGCCAGAGCACUGUAAGAAUUAUUUGUCCCGCAUAGCCAGUUGCAGACCUAGGCAACCAAAUUGGCGAAGAAUCGAUGAAGGAUCUGAAAAUUCAGAUACAGAUUCACCCGGUGAUUCUCUGAAAGACAUUCAUGAUAUAUCAUUGAACUUAAAGCUUUCACUGGAUGCUGAGAGGACUGAAGGAGGCAACAGUCUUGAUGAUUCACUAGAUUCCGAAGAAGCUGCAGGAAAUGCAAAGAGAAGAAUAGAGAAUGCAGUCUCAAAAUUGUCAAAGUCAAUGGAUAAAGCACAGGUUGAUGUUGGUAAUCUAAAGUUUCCAGCUAUUAGGAGGAGAAAGUGUAUAUUUGUCAUCGCUCUGGAUUGUGAUGUGACUUCAGAUCUUCUUCAAAUUAUAAAGAAUAUUAUUUCUAUUGCUGGAGAGCAAAGAGUGACAGGAUUUAUUGGAAUUGUACUGUCAACAUCUAUGACCUUAUCUGAGGUUAAUUCUCUUUUGGCUUCAGGAGGCUUGAAGCCUACAGAUUUUGAUGCCUUCAUUUGUAACAGUGGCAGUGAACUUUAUUAUCCAUCUAUGGGUUCUGAGGAUAGCUCAUCAGAGUCUCCGUUUGUGUUGGAUCAAGACUACUAUUCACAUAUUGACUAUCGCUGGGGAGGAGAAGGUUUGUGGAAGACUUUGGUGAAGUGGGCUGCUUCAGUCAAUGAGAAAAAGGGAGAGAAUGCUCCAAAUAUUGUUACUGCAGAUGAAUUUAGCUCUACAACUCAUUGCUAUACAUUUAAAGUGAAUGAUUUCACUUUGGCACCCUCUGCUAAGGAGAUUAGGAAAAUGAUGAGAAUCCAGGCUCUUCGAUGCCAUGCGAUAUAUUGCCAAAAUGGUACCAGAUUGAAUGUGAUUCCUGUAUUGGCCUCCAGAUCCCAAGCACUAAGAUACCUCUAUAUGCGUUGGGGAGCAGAGUUGUCCAAUUUUGUGGUUUUUGUUGGUGAAUCGGGAGAUACAGAUUAUGAAGGCUUGUUGGGUGGAGUCCACAAGACUGUUGUAUUCAAAGGCAUUUGCAGUAGCGCUAGUAAACUUCAUGCAAUCAGAACUUAUCCUUUGGAGCAUGUUAUGCCUUUUGACAGCCCCAACAUUAUCCAUACUGGAGGAUGUAACCUCGAUGACAUAAGAGAGGCUUUAAUCAAGCUUGGCGGUUUAAAAGCAUAGAAAAUAGUCUUCGAGACAUAACAAUACUGAUUUUGAGACGCCACAUUUUACAAAUCUUCUUCAGUUGCCAUAUAUAUACAUUGCUGAUUAUAUCUCUGCUGCAUAUAUUGCUGGAAAUCGGUCGGUUGAAUGUUUUCCUCAACUUGUAUAUCUUAUUCAUUUUGUUGCAUCAUUUUUUUUCUUUCUAGUUUAGAUAGGACUGGAAGCUGAAUCAUAAGGGCAGUAAGAAAAGACUCGCAAGUUUCUGUAACCUGUACUGUACAAUCUGAACUACAAUUUUUUACAUGUUCUCAUAUUGACUAAUUCUUAUAUACGCGUAUGUUACAUUA